CGUUGUUAGGAAGAGGCUUCCAGGAUUUUCACCAGGCACGUUUGACCAAGGCUAGGUUUGCUAUUGUCAUUUCCAAUACUCGAAUGUUGCUGGUUGUUACCAUUGCUGCUGCCCCAGUGGUUCUGGGAGCUGUGGGAUUUACGAGUGCUGGAAUAGCAAGUGGCUCCAUUGCAGCAAGUAUGAUGUCCUCAGCAGCUAUUGCCAAAGGAGGAGGAGUAGCUGCUGGAAGUCUGGUUGCAAUCCUUCAAUCUGCCGGGGCCACUGGAAUCCCAGUUGUUGCCAAGCUUGGCCUGGGAACUGUGGGUGCUUUCAUCGCUGCACUUUUUUUGAAAUGUUGGAAAGUAAAAAUCCCUGAAGACAACUGAAAAUAAAUAAAGCUUUUAUUUUCAUUCUGAACCAGUGAAGGGAAAAUGCAACUGAAAAAUGAAGCUGAAAUUCAAUAAAAGCUCUGCAUAAUCUAA